CGCUCUAUAACAACACCGCUCGGUCCCUUGUUGAGUCCAGACUCUUUUCUUCUCCGUGUCCGUGAGCGCCGGCGGGCCGGGACAUGCAGCUCGGGUAGCUCGGGCCACAGAUCGGGCUGUCAUGGAGUACCUGCUGCAGGUGAAGCUGGGCGCCCUGUUCGGGCUGCUGCUCCUCACGCUGCUCUGCGGACUCAUCCCCGCUCGACUGCCCUGGUUCAGGGACACGCACGGCUCAGAACGACAUCGUCUGGUUCUCAGUCUGAUCAGCUGCUUCGCCGGCGGCGUUUUCCUCGCGGCAUGUUUACUCGACAUCAUCCCGGACUAUCUGUCGGACAUCAAACCGGAGCUGGACGCUCGCGGGGUGGAGACCGACUUCCCGCUGCCGGAGUUCAUCAUAGCGGCCGGUUUCUUCAUGGUCCUCAUCCUGGAACGGAUGGUCCUGAACUUCAGGGAGCUGCGCGGCGCUCAGGAGGAGCGGGCGCCGCUCAUACCUGACGGCAGGAACGGGCACGGGCACGGGCACGGACCCGGGACGGACGUGGAGCGCAGCGGGCACCACGUGCAUGUGGACUUCCAGGCACACUCCGCCUUCCGCUCCUUCAUGCUGUUCCUCUCGCUGUCGCUGCACUCGGUGUUCGAGGGCCUCGCCAUCGGACUGCAGAACGAAGAGUCAAAGGUGCUGCAGAUCUGCAUCGCCAUCAUGGUCCACAAGAGCAUCAUCGUGUUCAGCCUGUCCCUGAAGCUGGUGCAGAGCGCCGUGCCGCCCCUCUGGACGGCGGCGUACAUCGGCGUGUUCGCCGUCAUGUCGCCGCUGGGCAUCGGCAUCGGCAUCGCCGUGGUGGAGUCGGCGCUGUCGGCCGGCGCCCUGGUCCAGGUCGUGCUGGAGGGCCUGGCCGCCGGCACCUUCGUCUACAUCACCUUCCUGGAGAUCCUGCCGCACGAGCUGAACACGCCGGGCCGGCAGCUGCUCAAGGUGCUCUUCAUCCUGCUGGGCUUCACCGUCAUGGCGGCGCUCACCUUCUGGGGCUGAGCCGCGGCGCCGCCCCCCCUCAGACUGUUGGUUCCUCGCCCCGAACAACACCUUCCAGUGCUUUCACUUUUAUAGCUUUUAUAAUUUUAUAAAGUCCCAACAUUAUUUUGUACGUUUGUUUUUAAAGAGGAUUUUAUGUGAAGAGGAGCCUCCUCGCUGCUGAACGUCCACAUCUGAGCAAGUUUUUUUUUAACUUGUUUUGGGUGAAAAUGUCUCAUUUCACUUGAUUUAAAAUAAAUUCCAUUAAAAAAUGACAUUUCAUCAAGACCAAAAUACUUGAUUUAAGAGAAGUUCUCUGAAAUCAAGACAAUUUUCACUUGUUCCAUUAGGAUUUUUUUUUUCUUAAAUUAAGAUACUUUUAUUUUAAUUUAAAUUAAGAUGCUUAUAUCAAGUGAAACGAGACAUUUUCACUCAAAACAAGUUUAAAAAACUUGCUCAGAUUUGGAGUUUUUGCGGUGCCACAGUGCUUCCUGGCCGCCGGUCCAGGACCGACGGCACCGGCUCUCCCAGGAUCUGCCUGCACUGACGUCAAACAUGUCGAUUUGCACAUUUAAAAGAAAACCAGAUUAAGACACUAUCCAGAAUCCAAACCUGACUGACUGCUUUUUGUAUGUUUUUAAAAGUGGCUGAGUCUGUCUUCACUCUGAUGCUGUCAUGUCUGAUCAGCAAGUCGCCACUCGACGGAAAAACAAGUUGUGAUUUAAAAGAAAAAAAAAGUGCCAAUCAGAACUUCUCCUUUGGAAUCCC